GGGAAAUCAAACAAGGAUCACUUGUGAGUACACUCCGGUCCAUUCCCAAUUUUUGCAAGUUUUUAAGGUCCUACUGAUUCUCAUUAAUCGUGACUUGAAUGUGUCACUGAUUGUUGUUGGUAACAGUUCAGAAUCGGAAAAGGAUUUAUUGCCAAGUAAUGGAGGACAACAAGCCAUGGGCUCUGAUCUCAGAGGUGGGCGGACAAGGUUACAUUGAAGAGGUUACUGACAUAAUGAAACAACACUUCCAAAUAAUCUGCCACAAAGACUUCCUUCAAAACCCUCUGCUGCACGGUCCUAAAAUCCAAGCCAUGUUUGUGUGGAACGCCCUUCCUGCACCCGAGCCUGCGCUGCUCAGUUCACUUCCCUCACUGAAGGUGGUCGCCAACGGAGGAGUGGGCAUCGACCACCUGGAUGUGUCGUACAUCACCAGUCUGGGAGUGAAGGUGACCAACACGCCUGGUGUGGUGAGCGAUGCCACUGCUGAUAUUGCAAUGGGUCUGCUUCUGGCAUCGGCACGCAAUAUCGUUGAAGGUCACCAAAUAGCCGUUAACCCAAACACCACGCAUAAACAAUGCCAGAUGGGAGUUGAAGUCACAGGGUCAACUCUGGGAAUUAUUGGAAUGGGACACAUUGGCUGCAAAAUUGCUCAAAGAGGCAAAGGAUUUGACAUGAAGAUUGUGUAUCACAACCGGAGCAGGAGGAAUGUUGAAGAUGAGCAGGCAGUGGGUGCGAGUUACCAUGACAACAUGGAUGACCUGCUGAAAGCAUCAGACUUCGUCGUGCUGGCGGUCAACCUGACCCCUGAAACCACAGGCCUGAUCAGCCACAGAGAGCUGUCCCUCAUGAAACCCACAGCAACCCUGGUCAACAUCAGCAGAGGUCUGGUUGUGGACCAGGAUGCUUUAGUCAAGGCUCUGCAGUCUGGAACAAUUCGUGCGGCGGCAUUAGACGUGACUCACCCUGAACCUCUACCAAGGGAUCAUCCUCUCCUUGGCCUUCCUAAUGUGCUGAUCACCCCCCACGUUGGCACCAACACCUACACUACAACAAGAAGGAUGGUGCAGAGGAUGGUAGAAAAUGCUGUGGCUGCACUGAAAGGCCAAACUAUUCCCAAUGAAGUCAAACCAAAAUGACUUCACAACUGUCUGUAGCAAGAAGUGGUUUCCUAUUGAAGAAUGAAGUACAUACAUUAGCUGUUUGACCGUUCUGUCUAAAGCUCUGCCACAAUUACUUUGAUAAACAUGAUGAUUUGUUAUAUUAAGAUUAAUAAAAUGUAUCAAUUAGCACAUUUAAAAAUAUAGUUUAAUAUCACUUGUCUGUAAACAACAAUAAAUGUUAGAAAUUACAUAAUUACAUGAGGAUUUUAACGUUAAGUGCACUUUAGUGUAGCAUAACAACUUAGUUAUACUGAAUGACGGUGACAUUAAAAUACAAAGUCUAUGUACAUGUUGAAAAAAAGAAAGAAAGAUAAUAAAGCUACCUCAAAUUUUGCACCUUG